AUCAAACCCAUGUAGCCCUAUGACGGCAGCUCCUGGACAGCAAACCCUGUGCAUGUUGUUACGCUGGAAACGUACAUUUUCUGCGCAUUUUACCCGCCUGCGAAAUAAAAAAUAGGAAUAGGCGACUAUCUUAUAGUCAAGGUAAUUAAACGGGUAAUUGAUGCACACCGUUUCAUCAUCUCCUCCCUAAAUGACAGGAAGGCUUCAUAGACCAGAGGAAAACAUAUUGCCAAAUAUAUCUGCACCUCCUUUUAUCAAUUGAAUAAACAGCACCUGAUGGCAACCAGUGCCAAGAGACCAUCCCUGCAGGGUCCUGUCCCACCUCCUCGCAAGAAGACGACCCCCAAACCAGAGCUGACCGAGGAGCAAAAGCAGGAGAUCCGGGAGGCCUUUGAGCUGUUUGACACAGAUGGAUCUGGAUACAUCGAUGUCAAGGAGCUCAAGGUUGCAAUGAGAGCUCUGGGGUUUGAACCAAAGAAAGAGGAGAUCAAGAAGAUGAUUGGCGACGUGGAUAAGGACGGCACAGGGAAAAUCUCUUUCGCUGACUUCCUCUCUGUCAUGACACAGAAAAUGGCCGAGAAGGACUCCAAAGAGGAGAUCCUGAAAGCUUUCCGCCUGUUUGAUGACGACGAGACAGGCAAGAUCUCAUUCAAGAAUCUGAAAAGAGUCGCCAAAGAGCUGGGAGAGAACCUCACAGAUGAAGAGCUGCAGGAAAUGAUAGAUGAAGCGGACCGGGAUGGGGAUGGAGAAGUAAACCAGCAGGAGUUCCUGCGCAUAAUGAAGAAAACCUGCCUGUACUGAAGGAGAUGCAUGACAAUAUGUCUGUUCAUGUGGAGGGCUCCACUGGUGGUUUCACAUGUAAUGCUGCUCAUAUAUCUAAUUUACCUUUCCUUAAAUAUUGUGUUGUGCCAUUCACUUCCAUUUAUGAGUUAGAGGUUUAACUGUCACACAUACUGCACUGAAAUAAAGUUUGCAAGACUCGUGGUCGGAUAUCAAAAUAUCAUCCUUUGACUGACAUGAUAAUCUCCAUUGUAUUUCCCCAAAAACAAAAGAGAUAAAUCUCUUUCUUGCUUAUAAUGCUGCAUGUACUUUUAGGAAGAAUACAUUGGUUACAUCAAUAACAUGGAGGUUAUUCAUUGUCUUGAAAUCUCAGUGCCUAUGUCGAUAUGGUGACAAACAGUACAUUCCAAUGCUUUGAUUGAUAAUACAAUAUGGUCUUUAAGUUUGGUUUACACUCGGAAGUCCGGUGUUUCAUGUUUUAGCUCAUGUAACCGCCAAUGAUUGCAGAACGCCGGUUCACCUCAGUGAGAUAUAUAUAUACAUAUAUUUAUAUAAAAAAAUAUAUUUAUAAAUAUAAAGAUAUAUAUAUGUAUAUAAAAAGAGAGAAACAAGAUGUGGAUUUGUGCUUGGACCUCUAAAAAUGGGAGAUCCCACCAUCUUUAAAAUAUGAUUGAUUGUGUAUGUAUUUUUCUCAUAGAAUGAUUAUUUAUCUCUGUGUAUAACUACUGUACACAAUACUCUGUAUUCGUGAAUGUUUUGUAAGAUGCAUAGUGACUUUCAUGAGUACAUAAACAGCAUAUAAGUGUUUACAGUACAAAUUAAAUAUCUUGAAGCAG